GAAGUUUCAAGAGCUAACUGGGUCAAGAGGUAUACACACAAACACUUCCGACAGGUCUGCAGAAAACGGUGAGUCCCCAAAAAUAGCAGCUGGGCUAUUCCAUGCCCAGGAUAGCAGGAUACACUAUUCCAUGCCCACACCGUUGCUUCCUGUGUGCAAUGCACCGUGUGAUGAUCUACAGAGAUUAAAUAAGCCAUGGUCUGCUCCCAGUCACUUGGGAGGGAGCUACAAAAUAAAUUACCCAAAGAGAAGGCAAAGUACCUAGAGCUGUAAUUAACAUACAAUAUGGGCUGAGAGGGAAAGGUUAAUGCUAACUCUGGUCCUAAGUACAAAGAUCACUGGGAGUAAGAGGUGUACUCUCUUUAGGGCACAGCAUGGGUGGGUGGAGAGAGUAAAAACCAGAACAAAUCAAGGUGCAGCGGGUUGCAGGUCAGCCUUAGGGGAAAAAGGGGUGGAGACUGGCUGGGCUAGAACCAGGGAUUGGGCAGAGAAAGAGGGUGGGGCCAGUGGGCUCCUCCUACCCACUCCCACCCCUCCUGCCGCCAUCUACUUUCUGCAGUCUGUGGAGACAGUUGUGUCCCUGUGUCUUUGGUGUGCCUGUGUGCACUUUCUCCCUCCACCAGGAGCAUGGGCUGACACCGGAGGAAAGGAAAAAAGGGAGUCAGACAGGGAGCCUGGGGAGGGGCCAUGGUGCCAAUUCACUUACUGGGGAGACUGGAGAAGCCACUUCUCCUCCUGUGCUGCGCCUCCUUCCUACUGGGGCUGGCUUUGCUGGGCGUAAAGCCAGACAUCAGCCCCAUUGCUUAUUUCUUUCUCACAUUGGGUGGCUUCUUCUUGUUUGCCUACCUCCUGGUCCGGUUUCUGGAAUGGGGUCUUCGGUUCCAGCUCCAAUCAAUGCAGACUGAGAGCCCAGGGCCCUCAGGCAAUGCACGGGACAACGAAGCCUUUGAAGUGCCAGUCUAUGAAGAGGCCGUGGUGGUGCUGGAAUCCCAGUGCCUCCCUCAACAGCUGGACCAACCACCCCCCUACAGCACUGUUGUGAUACCUCCAGCACCUGAGGAGGGACAACCUAGCCAUCCAGAGGGGUCCAGGAGAGGACUGGAGAGGCGAAUGGCCUCAGAGGGGUCUAUGGCCCAGGAAGGAAGCCCUGGAAGAACGCCAAUCAGCCUCCGGCUUCGGGGACCACGGGCUGUGUCCACUGCUCCUGACCUGCAGAGUUUGGGGGAACUCCCCAGAUUAGAGCCUCUGACUCCACCCCCUGCCUAUGAUGUCUGCUUUGGUCACCCUGAUGACAGUGUUUUUUAUGAAGACAACUGGCCACCCCCUUAAACGACUCUCCCAAGAUUUCUCUUCUCUCCACACCGGACCUACUCUUUCAUUUGAUCAACGUUUUCCAGUGCCUACUAUGUGUCAGAAACAGUGUUUCUGCCUGGACAUCAUAAAUGGGGACUUGAACUCUCAGAAGAGUCAGGCCACAGUAAGCCCUCCCCAGUUGAGAUGUGGGUGGCAUAAUUUGAGUCUUCUGGAAACAUUUGGUGACCUACCCCAUAUCCAGUAUUUCCUGCAUUAGAUUGAGGAUGAAGUAGAGAGGUAAUCCAGAGAAGGUGGAGAAGGAAGAAUUAACAUCCAAGAGGCAGCUAUUGCUUCUGUUCCAGGUACUGUUAGAGCUGUUAGAUCCCUUAGGCUUGCCAGUUUUGUGAGUUAUUAUUGAAAAGUGAGGAUUCCAAGAGUCAGAGGAAUUUGAUAAUGUGCAUGAGGGCACACUGCUAGUAACAGCAUUAAAAUAACUUGAAUGAACUCCUGAUCCCAAAGC